CUCAUGUUCGGUGUCCGGUGAGGUUCUUGGCCGGCAACUUUAGCACAGCCGCCCUUCUUCAUGCCGCAAUUCCUCAAUGUUCCUGGUCCAUCACAGGAGCCUCUCCAUCACAAGAUCAGACAGCUCUCGAUACGACUAUCGAGGUGGGGCUCACUCGUCAGAGGGAUGCUAGGUGAAGAGUUGUUGGGCGCUUUGGAGCCCGCUCAUCACUUAGCCAAAACUAUUCACCAAUCCAAAGUGGUUGAAUAUCUGGAAAUAAGUAGACCUGCAAGCAAGUACUUCGCUCGUACAGUUAUGGCGCUGUCACUCCGGUGAUACAGGGUGUGCAUCGCUGGCUCAACGUAGGAACGCCUCCAGACCACAAAGACCUCGUAUGCGAUCCAGAUGGCCAGAAACGGUGUGGCAAGAAUUACGAAAGGAGCAGUGACCGGUAUGAUGAGGAUGAACAUGCUCCACACGCCCCAUGGUGUGCGAGAGAGGCCUCGACUCCGGGCACCGUUCACGGUGAGCGCGGAAUCGGUGAGCACGAACAUGCAGUUUCCGGCGGUGACACCCUGCAGACUAGCAAGAACCAGAUAUAGAACAGCC